AUGCCCCUCUUCUCCUCCAUUCGCGUUUUCCGACUCCCCAAGCAGCGGUUUUUCCCAAUACCAGUUCAACGGACUCCCAUUUGCCUUCCUUUCGCCUCAAUCAGGCUCAUGUCGUCUCGCCAGCAGCCGCCAUGGCGGCAACCUCCUUUGCCCGAAGGGACCCAACUCCCUCCCUUGAAGAUCUGGAACUCGUUGACCAAAUCAAAGACACCUUUUAUUCCGCUUGAUUCGGCGGGAAAGAAGGUUACCUGGUAUGCUUGCGGUCCGACGGUGUACGACGACUCGCACCUGGGCCAUGCGCGGAACUAUGUCACUACGGAUAUUAUUCGGCGCAUUAUGCGCGACUACUUCAAGUUCGAUGUUCACUUCGUGAUGAACAUUACGGAUGUGGAUGAUAAGGUAUGCUUUGCGAACUUCCCAUUCAUCUUUUUUAACGAAUUCAUCGGAGUCAACCCCACUAUUUCCUCCGAAGUCCUCGAUACUGCCAACGCGGCCUACUCUGCUUAUUUGAAGAAGAACCUCCCGCUCUUGUCCCCCGAUCUCGCUCCCUCAAAUUACAAGGAAGAGGUGGAGAAGGCCUAUGCGACUGUUUUGAACGGUGGCACCCUCCCAGGCAACGAGAAGGCCGGCGACGAUGAGGCAAAAGUCAAGAUGCAUAUCAAGACUGCCGCAUCGGCGGCAAAGGUUAUUGCUGAGGCGGAGGCCAAGCCUGCAUCUGACCCUGCGUCGUUUGCCGAGGCGUUCUACUCAAACGCCCAGGAUGUUCUUCUUCCAUAUCUGGAUUCACUCAAGGGCGCAUCCAUUAACGCAGACGACUAUGGAAUUUUCACAAAACUGACCAAGAAGUAUGAGGAGCGCUUCUUGACGGACAUGCGCGAUCUAGAUGUUCUGGAUCCGGAUGAGCUAACUCGCGUGACCGAGUACGGCGCUGAAAUUGCCGACUUCGUGGAGCGCAUUGUGAAGAACAACUUCGGGUACGUCACGGACGACGGAUCUGUCUAUUUUGACAUCAGCGCGUUCGAAAAGGCGGGCCAUCACUACGCGCGCCUCGAGCCUUGGAGCCGAUCUGAUAACAAAUUAGCUGCUGAGGGCGAGGGAUCCCUCUCGAGCAAAACCAACGAGAAACGAAGUGCGUCCGACUUUGCCCUUUGGAAGUCAUCCAAGGCCGGUGAACCUAGUUGGCCCAGCCCAUGGGGCAAAGGACGCCCUGGUUGGCACAUCGAGUGUUCUGCCAUGGCUUCAGCUCGUCUCGGUGCGCAUAUGGAUAUCCAUUCUGGUGGUAUUGAUCUUGCCUUCCCGCAUCAUGAUAAUGAGUUGGCACAGAGUGAGGCCUACUUCCAUAACCAUGAGCAAUGGGUGAAUUACUUCUUGCACAUGGGUCAUUUGUCUAUCCAAGGAUCCAAGAUGUCCAAGUCGCUGAAGAACUUCACCACUAUUCGUGAAGCUUUGGAGCGUAAAGAAUGGACUUCGAGGAGCCUCCGUAUUACUUUCCUUCUGGGUGGCUGGAAAGAUGGCGUUGAAAUUACAGAUGAACUUGUUUCAUCUGGGAGCUCAUGGGAGGACAAGGUCAACAACUAUUUCCUUAAGGUAAGGGACCCUGCAGCCCUCCAGGGUACCGGAACCGAUGGUGCUUUUGGUGCGGAUCUCCAAGCUGCCAAGGACGCCUUGUACGAGCAGCUUUGCGACUCCUUCAACACCCCUGCGGCUAUGCAGACAAUCUCCGAUCUUAUCACGAAAUACAACAGCGUCGAUAAGGCUUCGGUGAAUCCGAAGGAUGUUGAGGAAGCCGCUCGCUGGGUCACUUCCAUAGUGAAUAUCUUCGGUCUUAAUGGCGCUGCUCCUGCCGAUAGCAAGGAAAUUGGGUGGUCUGGUCUUGAUGUCCCCGAGGAGUCCAAACCUUUCCUCCUUCCCCUCUCCAACAUUCGAGAUACCCUUCGAUCGUCGGCCCGCUCCGCAGAAGGAAUCUCCCCACAGGUAAUCGAACAAGCCCUUAAGCAGAAUCCAGCACCUCAGGCUACUUCGGACUCUGCCAAGCCCUACGCCGAAGUUCUCUCCAACUUCUGCACGAAAGUCUCCGCCUUGCAGUCAUCUGACUCGGCUGGUAAGGAUAUCCUGGCACUGUGCGAUCGUUUGCGAGAUGUCGAUCUUUUCGAUUUGGGUGUCUAUCUUGAAGAUCGUGAGAACCUCCCGGCUCUUAUCCGUCCAGUGACCCGCGAAAUGAUUCAGGCUCGUGAGGAGAAGGCUCAGCGUGCUCGCCAGAAGCAAGCCCAGAAGAAAGCCCAGGAAGAAGAGGCGCUAAAGAAGCUUGAGAAGGGCAAGCUCAGCCAUUUGGAGAUGUUCCGUACCAACGAGUACAGCGCCUGGGACGAUGACGGCCUGCCUACUCGUGAUGCAGCUGGUGAAGAGCUUCCCAAGAGCCGAACCAAAAAGCUCCGCAAGGAUUGGGAGCGACAGAAGAAAGCUCAUGAAGCGUGGCAGGCUGCCCAAGCCAAAUAG